AUGUUCCCUUCAACACCGGAAGACCACCUCCUCGACAUCAUCAUCAUGCGCGGCGACAUUUGCUACAUCAACAUUUGCGACGAUCAACAUUACAACGUCUACAGCAACGUCCUAUGCAGUCGCAUUCUUGACAACAGCGACUGCAACGACCAUGUCCUCUACACCAACCUGAGCGACUACAUCCUUUGUAUCAACGUGUCGGGCAGCCUCUUCUACAACCACGUCGUGUGCUACGACACCAUCCUGUACCACAACGCCGUCUACAAAGACACCCUCUACGACUGCCCCGUUUACAACCGCAGUCCCCGCGACAACGUCCUGUAUGCCCGCAUCGUGUACGACUAUGACUUCCAUGGCACGGCCCAGUAUGACGACGACCUCUGCAGGGCACGUUCUACGGCAACCUUCUCUCCUACUACCCAAUCGCCUGCUACCACAUCCGCGACAACAUUGUCUACAAGCGUGCUCCUUACAACCACGCGUGCUACGACACCACUCCGCAUAAGGACGUCCUCCGGCGACAUCCUCUACAACCACAUCCUUUACAACCGCAUCCACUGUGGCAGCACUGUGUACAGCGACGGCUUCUGCCACAACGUCCUCCACGGCAUCCUCUGCGGCAACAUAUUUGAUUACGUCCUAUUCGAUCGCUUCAUGCUCUACGACCACAUACUCUAUGACCACGCCAUCUACGAAUGCAUCCUUGCGACCACAUCCUCUACGACUACAGCAUGUACAGCCGUCCUCUACAACCACAUCCUCUACGACCACGCCAUCUACAAUCGCAUUCUCUACGACCACUUCCUCUAUGACCACGCCAUCUACGAAUGCAUCCUUGCGACCACAUCCUCUACGACCACGCCAUCUACAACCGGAUCCUCUACGGCCACAUCCUCUACGACCACGCCAUCUACAACCGGAUUCUCUACGACCACUUCCUUUAUGACCACGCCAUCUACGAAC